AUGAUGCUGUUAGUUUCAUUGAAAAUAGUGUUUCUUCUGAUCUUAAGUAAAAAUAUUGAAUGCCAAACAUUGUAUCCAACAUCAGCAGGUUAUGUUGGUGCGGUCUAUACAAUGUCGAAUGGAGCGGCUAUGAAUCAAAUAUUGAUUCAUAGUAUCACUUUAAAUGGACAAUUGGUAAUGUAUAACGCAGUGAAUACCACUGGAACUGGUGUGAAUACUACAACGGCAGAUCCACUGUUUUCACAAGGAUCUCUAAUGGUUUAUUCGAAUUAUUUGUUUGCUGUCAAUCCAGGAUCAAAUUCAUUGUCGAUGUUUAUGAUUAAUCAAUCGGAUGCAACACAAUUAACAUUAUUAUCGGUACAACCUACAAAUGGCAUCUUUCCUAUAUCAGUAACUGUCAACGCCAUGUAUGUAUGUGUUUUAACUGGCGGUACUAUUACAGGAAUUCGAUGUUUUACUUACAAUGCAUCAGGUCUGUUUGUUGUGUCAUCGUUUGAUCGAAAUCUUACAUCGUACAUAUCUACAACGGUUCCACCUACUGGUCCUGCACGAACAUUGAGUCAAAUCUUAUUUUCAGCAGACAAUCUUGCUUUAAUUGUUUCUGUCAAAGGUAUCAAUGUGACAACCCCAGGUUAUCUCUUAUUUUAUCCCAUGAGUAGUAAUACAAGUGUGUUAGCGUCUAAUGCAGUGCAAAUGACGCCCACGAAUGCUGCUCAACCAUUUUCUAUGACCCUCGUGGGUACGAAUGGUCUAUUAGUUACUGACCCCGGUACCAAUGGAGUUUUAACUAUGACAUAUUCAUCAACAACUGGAAUGAUUAACAACAGUAUGUUAACAGGGGUCAAUACAACACUUGCCAGUGCAUUAUGUUGGUCAACGUAUUCACCAAAUAUUGGUAAUUAUUAUGCCAUCGGUGCGGGAACACCAAGCAUUGUUGAAUUGAAUCUUAAUCUCACUUCAGCAUCUAACCCUGUUCAGAUUGUUCAGUAUUAUCAAGUGCCCAACAAUAUUGGUGCCCUUGAAGCAACAGUGGUGAGUUUGGCAGGUAAAGAUUAUCUGUAUGUUAUAGGUACUACAGCAUAUGGUAUCCGCAGUUAUCAACUAAAUGCAGCUGGAAAUGUUACAGCUCUUGGUACGGUUAUUUCACAACCAGGUGAUACGACAAACAUUCCAAAACUGGCUGGCAUUGCUGCGUUUGUUCAAACUCAAUCAUCGUUGACCUCAACAACAUCGACGACAUCAACAACAUCAACAACAUCGACAACAUCGACGACAUCGACGACAUCAACAACUUCGACAACAUCAACAACAUCAACAACAUCGGUAUCAACAACAUCAACAACAUCGGUAUCAACAACUUCGACAACAUCAACAACGUCGGUAUCAACAACAUCGACAGCAUCGACGACAACAUCGGCAUUAACAGCAUCAACAACGACAACAACAGCAAUAACAGCAACAGUGACAACGACAACAACAGCCACAACGUCGACAACAUCGAAAUCAUCGGCUGAAAUGCUUAUAACGUCGGUAAUUACUAUUAUGGUUUGCAUGGCAUUUAUUUUCAGUGGUUGA